CAUAAAAAAUCAGUCCCUUCCCUCUCUUUGUGAAGUGGUGAAACUCAAAAGGUUGCCAUGAGCUUCAGAGCUCUUCUCUCCUCCUCUAACUUCCCCAAAUCCCCACCCGAAACCAUCUCUACCAGGGCCAAGCCCAACCCGACCAGAUGUCUGAUCCGGUCCCCCGUCAACUCUCCCCAUGGCUGCCGCCUUUCCCGUCUUUCAGCUACUGAAGGAAGGAGAAGAAGCGGGAAAGUAUACGCGGACGUCCGAGAAAUCGCCGACUCCCUCAGAGAAUUGGUUAAGUUCGGAGAUUCAUUAAGCGAUGCCGUUGCGAGUGAGGAUGAUUUGGAUAGUGCAGUUCCUUGGUGGGAACAGUUCCCCAAACGUUGGGUCAUCGUUAUUUUGUGUUUUUCAGCCUUUUUGCUGUGUAAUAUGGAUCGAGUAAAUAUGAGCAUUGCUAUACUUCCCAUGUCAGCUGAGUUCAAUUGGAACCCAGCAACUGUUGGUUUAAUACAGUCAUCCUUUUUCUGGGGUUAUCUCCUCACUCAGAUUGCUGGUGGCAUAUGGGCAGACACUGUAGGUGGGAAGACGGUUUUAGGCUUUGGUGUAGUUUGGUGGUCCAUUGCUACUGCUCUUACUCCUGUUGCAGCUAAAUUGGGGUUGCCAUUUCUACUUGUCGUUCGUGCUUUCAUGGGAAUUGGCGAGGGUGUUGCCAUGCCUGCCAUGAAUAAUAUUUUAUCCAAAUGGGUUCCUGUUGCUGAAAGGAGUAGAUCAUUAGCAUUGGUGUAUAGUGGAAUGUAUCUUGGCUCAGUUACUGGUUUGGCAUUUUCACCAUUCUUGAUACAUCAGUUUGGAUGGCCGUCGGUGUUUUACUCCUUCGGCUCUUUGGGGACAGUCUGGUUUGCUUUAUGGCUAAAUAAGGCUUACAGUUCACCUAUUGAGGAUCCUGAACUUCUGCCCCAAGAGAAAAAGCUUAUUGUUACCAACUGUAUUUCCAAGCAGCCAGUUAAAACAAUACCUUGGAAGUUAAUCUUGUCAAAACCACCUGUAUGGGCCCUUAUAGUGUCCCAUUUCUGUCACAACUGGGGAACGUUUAUUCUCUUAACAUGGAUGCCUACGUACUAUCAUCAAGUCCUGAAGUUCAACCUCACAGAUUCAGGGCUCAUUUGCGUUUUACCCUGGCUUACGAUGGCAUUUUCUGCAAAUCUUGGAGGAUGGAUUGCAGAUACACUUGUGAGCAAAGGCUUAUCUGUGACAACUGUUCGCAAGAUUAUGCAAUCCAUUGGGUUUCUUGGCCCUGCUUUCUUCCUAACUCAGUUGAGCCAUGUCAAUUCUCCUGCUAUGGCAGUUUUGUGUAUGGCAUGCAGUCAGGGAACUGAUGCAUUUUCACAGUCUGGCCUUUAUUCAAACCAUCAAGAUAUUGCCCCUCGAUAUUCAGGUGUAUUACUUGGUUUGUCCAACACUGCUGGAGUACUAGCUGGGGUCUUUGGAACAGCCGCAACUGGUUACAUUCUGCAACAUGGUUCUUGGGACAAUGUCUUCGAGGUUUCGGUUGGGCUAUACUUGGUUGGAACCGUGGUCUGGAACCUCUUUUCAACUGGUGAGAAAAUACUGGACUGACUCAGAUAUUUAGAUGUUUAGCAUGAGUUAGCUCAAGCCUCAAUGUGCUCGAGCUAAUUGAAAGAGUCAAUUAAUUGAACGAGGAACAAAGAUGAAAAGCAUGAAUUGGUUAUGGAGGAGAGGUCUAAAUACCCAUUUUUGGACUUGAGCUACUGGCCAUUUUCGUAUUGCCAAGAAUGGAGCCGAAAAUUUUAAAUUCCAACACUGUUAAUAGGCAUAGCUCUCAAAAUUGCAAAGCUGGUAGAUUUCUUACUGGCGGAAGAAUUUAUUUGUAUAGCAAACAGACCACACACUGUAAUUUCUCUAAAUGUUAUAUUCAAUCCUAACAAAUCAAAUUUUCAUUGUAACAAA